AAGACGGGCCGCUCUUCGGGCACCGCUUUCGUCGUCUUUGACCGCAAAGCCGACGCUAUCGUCGCCUUUAAUACUUACCAAAACAUAACUCUCGACGGUCGUCCGCUUCGUCUGACACUAGUCGAUGGCAACAGCUCUGGAGGCCAUCAAAGGGCGGGUAAUCUGAACUCUCGCCUCAAGUCGGGCCCCAAACCGGUAUUCAAGGCGUCGGGUCGUGACCUCUGGAAUGAUUUGGCGAAGGGUUACGACUCGAGUCCCGCCGAAGAGCAGGGAUUCAAUCGAAACAAGAGAUCACAUAAUUUCUAUGAGAAGAAAGAGAAAGUGAUGUUAACUACUGAUGAGUUGGACACCGAUCUCGACGACUAUUUGGCGCAAAGAAACAAAUAG